GAGGGGCGUCAAGAUGGCGGCGGGGAGGUAGGCAGAGCCGGACGCCGCUGCUGCCGCCGCCACCGCCGCCGCCUCCGCUCCAGUCGCCUCUGGUUCUUCAAGCUCUCGCCACCCGGAGAAGCUGUUCCGGCGUCGGAUCCCGCGGGGAAAAUGGUGGAGCCAGGGCAAGAUUUACUGCUUGCUGCUUUGAGCGAGAGUGGAAUUAGUCCGAAUGACCUCUUUGAUAUUGAUGGUGGAGAUGCGGGGCUUGCAACUCCAACACCUACCCCUCCCAUACAGCAGUCAGUGCCACUUAGUGCAUUAGAACUAGGUUUGGAGACUGAAGCAGCAGUUCCUGUUAAACAAGAACCAGAGACGCUACCUACUCCAGCACUAUUAAAUGUUAGGCAGCAGCCUCCAUCUACUACAACAUUUGUGCUGAAUCAAAUAAAUCAGCUUCCGACUUUGGGAUCUACAAUUGUAAUGACUAAAACACCACCUGUAACCACGAAUAGGCAAACCAUCACUUUAACAAAGUUCAUUCAGACUACUGCAAACACACGUCCUUCAGUCUCAGCACCAGCAGCACGAAAUGCCAUGACCUCUGCACCUUCAAAAGACCAGGUUCAACUGAAGGACCUACUAAAAAAUAAUAGUCUGAACGAACUCAUGAAACUGAAGCCACCGGCUAAUAUUGCUCAGCCAGUUGCAACAGCAGCUACUGAUGUAAGCAAUGGCACAGUAAAGAAAGAGUCUUCUAAUAAAGAAGUAGCAAGAAUAUGGAUAAAUGACAUGAAAAUGAGGAGUUUUUCCCCGACCAUGAAGGUCCCUGUUGUGAAAGAGGAAGAUGAACCAGAGGAAGAAGAUGAAGAAGAAAUGGGUCAUGCGGAAACCUAUGCAGAGUAUAUGCCAAUAAAAUUAAAAAUUGGCCUGCGUCACCCAGAUGCUGUAGUUGAAACUAGUUCUUUAUCCAGUGUUACUCCUCCUGAUGUUUGGUACAAAACGUCUAUUUCUGAAGAAACCAUUGAUAAUGGCUGGUUAUCAGCAUUACAGCUUGAGGCAAUUACAUAUGCAGCCCAGCAACAUGAAACAUUCCUACCAAAUGGAGAUCGUGCUGGAUUCUUAAUAGGUGAUGGUGCUGGUGUAGGAAAAGGAAGGACAAUAGCAGGAAUCAUCUAUGAAAAUUAUUUGUUGAGUAGAAAAAGGGCUUUGUGGUUCAGUGUUUCAAAUGAUUUAAAAUAUGAUGCCGAAAGAGAUUUGAGGGAUAUUGGAGCAAAAAACAUUUUGGUCCAUUCAUUAAAUAAGUUUAAAUAUGGAAAAAUUUCUUCCAAACAUAAUGGGAGUGUGAAGAAGGGUGUGAUUUUUGCUACCUAUUCUUCCCUCAUUGGUGAAAGUCAGUCUGGUGGUAAAUACAAAACGAGGUUAAAACAACUCCUACAUUGGUGCGGUGAUGACUUCGAUGGAGUGAUAGUGUUUGAUGAAUGUCAUAAAGCAAAAAACUUAUGUCCUGUUGGUUCUUCAAAGCCAACCAAGACAGGCUUAGCAGUUUUAGAACUUCAAAACAAAUUGCCAAAAGCCAGAGUUGUUUAUGCUAGUGCCACUGGUGCUUCUGAACCACGAAACAUGGCCUAUAUGAACCGUCUUGGAAUAUGGGGUGAGGGAACUCCAUUUAGAGAAUUCAGUGAUUUUAUUCAGGCAGUAGAACGGAGAGGUGUUGGUGCCAUGGAAAUAGUUGCUAUGGAUAUGAAGCUUAGAGGAAUGUACAUUGCUCGACAGCUGAGCUUUACUGGUGUGACCUUCAAAAUUGAGGAAGUUCUUCUUUCUCAGAGCUAUGUUAAAAUGUAUAACAAAGCAGUCAAACUGUGGGUCAUUGCCAGAGAGCGAUUUCAGCAAGCUGCAGAUCUGAUUGAUGCUGAGCAACGAAUGAAAAAAUCCAUGUGGGGUCAGUUCUGGUCUGCUCACCAGAGAUUUUUCAAAUACUUGUGCAUAGCAUCCAAAGUUAAGAGGGUUGUUCAACUAGCUCGAGAAGAAAUCAAGAAUGGAAAAUGUGUUGUAAUUGGUCUGCAGUCUACGGGAGAAGCUAGAACAUUAGAAGCCUUGGAAGAGGGUGGAGGAGAAUUGAACGAUUUCGUUUCAACUGCCAAAGGAGUGUUGCAGUCACUCAUUGAAAAACACUUCCCUGCUCCAGACAGGAAGAAACUUUAUAGUUUGCUAGGAAUCGAUUUGACAGCUCCAAGUAACAACAGCUCACCAAGAGAUAGUCCUUGUAAGGAAAAUAAAAUAAAGAAGCGGAAAGGUGAAGAAAUAACUCGAGAAUCCAAAAAAGCACGAAAAAUAGGUGGCCUUACUGGUAGCAGUUCUGAUGAUAGUGGAAGUGAAUCUGAUGCCUCCGAUAAUGAAGAAAGCGACUACGAGAGCUCUAAAAACAUGAGUUCUGGAGAUGACGAUGAUUUCAACCCAUUUAGAGAUGAGUCUAGUGAGGAUGAUGAAGAUGAUCCCUGGUUAAUCAGAAAGGACCACAAGAAAAACAAAGAUAAAAAAAAAAAGAGAAGUAUAGAUCCAGAUUCUAUUCAAAGUGCCUUAUUAGCAUCAGGUCUUGGAUCAAAACGACCUAGUUUUUCUUCUACGCCAGUAAUUUCACCUGCUCCUAACAGUGCACCAGCUAACAGUAACACCAACAGCAACAAUAGCCUUAUAACAAGUCAGGAUGCUGUGGAAAGGGCCCAGCAGAUGAAGAAAGACCUACUUGAUAAACUAGAAAAAUUAGCUGAAGACCUCCCUCCUAAUACCCUGGAUGAACUUAUUGAUGAACUUGGUGGCCCUGAGAACGUUGCUGAGAUGACUGGCCGCAAGGGGAGGGUUGUAAGCAAUGAUGAUGGAAGUAUAUCUUAUGAGUCAAGAUCUGAACUUGACGUCCCUGUGGAAAUACUAAAUAUCACGGAAAAACAAAGAUUUAUGGAUGGAGAUAAGAAUAUUGCUAUCAUCUCAGAAGCUGCCAGCUCAGGUAUUUCAUUACAAGCAGAUAGGAGAGCUAAAAAUCAAAGGCGAAGAGUUCAUAUGACUCUGGAAUUACCAUGGAGUGCUGAUAGAGCAAUUCAACAGUUUGGAAGAACUCAUAGAUCAAACCAAGUUACUGCUCCGGAAUAUGUCUUUCUGAUUUCUGAAUUGGCAGGAGAACAAAGAUUUGCAUCUAUUGUUGCUAAAAGACUUGAGAGUUUGGGUGCGCUUACACAUGGAGACAGAAGAGCAACAGAAUCCAGAGAUCUGAGUAGGUUCAACUUUGAUAAUAAGUAUGGAAGAAAUGCUUUAGAAAUUGUCAUGAAAUCCAUUGUAAACCUAGAUUCUCCUAUGGUAUCACCACCUCCAGACUAUCCUGGAGAAUUCUUUAAAGAUGUUCGACAAGGACUGAUAGGAGUUGGCCUGAUAAAUGUAGAAGAUCGUUCAGGAAUUCUUACUCUAGAUAAAGAUUAUAACAACAUAGGAAUUCUUGAAUAGAAUUUGGGCAUGGAGGUGCAUCAACAGAAUGCGUUAUUUCAGUAUUUUGCAGACACACUUACUGCAGUUGUCCAAAAUGCCAAAAAAAAUGGAAGAUAUGAUAUGGGAAUCUUAGAUCUUGGUUCUGGAGAUGAAAAAGUGAGGAAAAGUGAUGUUAAGAAGUUUCUGACUCCAGGAUAUUCAACCUCUGGCCAUGUAGAAUUAUACACGAUAAGUGUAGAGAGAGGAAUGUCCUGGGAGGAAGCUACCAAGAUUUGGGCUGAGUUGACAGGACCAGAUGAUGGCUUUUAUUUGUCAUUGCAAAUAAGAAACAACAAGAAAACUGCCAUCUUAGUUAAAGAAGUGAAUCCUAAAAAGAAGCUCUUCUUAGUUUAUAGACCAAAUACUGGGAAACAGCUCAAAUUAGAAAUUUAUGCUGAUCUAAAAAAGAAAUAUAAGAAGGUAGUCUCAGACGAUGCCCUGGUCCACUGGUUAGAUCAGUAUAAUUCAUCUGCAGAUACUUGUACUCAUGCUUAUUGGCGUGGCAAUUGCAAAAAAGCAAGUUUGGGAUUAGUUUGUGAAAUAGGUCUUCGUUGCCGCACGUACUAUGUAUUAUGUGGCUCAGUACUGAGCGUCUGGACAAAAGUCGAGGGUGUUCUCGCAUCUGUCAGUGGCACAAACGUGAAAAUGCAGAUAGUUCGGCUAAGAACAGAGGAUGGACAGCGGAUUGUAGGUUUGAUCAUUCCUGCAAAUUGUGUGUCUCCUCUUAUAAAUCUCCUGUCAACUUCAGACCAGUCUCAACAGCUUGCAGUCCAGCAGAAACAGCUCUGGCAGCAGCGUCACCCCCAGAGCAUCGCCAAUUUGAGCAACACAUAAGAACAGACAGGUUUCAACAUGGAUGUAUAUGAAACGCUGUUGAAGCAUAUCAUUUGCAUAAAAAUCAGGGACAGUUUCCAAAGAAUUAUAAUUUUUUUUCAGUUGUGCUCUCUCUCUAGUUAAUUUUUUUGGGAAUAAGGACAAACCUGGAAUAGAUAGCAAAACUGAAAAUCAGCAGUGCCGAUGGUGGUACAUAUGUCUUUCCUCGCGCUUUUCCCGUGGUACUUACCGUAUGCUUCUACUUUGGGUGAGCAGAGGGGUAUGUGCGCGUGUGUGUCAGUCUGUUUGUUUGUGAGUUUGUUAAAAGCUACGAACCAUAAUUGGUUUAAAGAUGCUUGGAACUUCCCAAACUGGCUUUACUUUUAUGUUAUACAGUGCUCAGGGUUAACGCAGCACAUCCAUGCCAUUGCUGUGGGACUUAUCCCCGGAUGCAUGUGUUUUGAGUCUAUAAAUAGAGAAAAUAUAUAUUGGUUUCUUUUUCCAACUUAUUAAAACAAUAGGUUUAUUAAAGCAUGAAACGAAAGGUUACAUAUCAUGCAUUCAGGUUCUUUUUCUAGUUUUUGUUCUGACAGUGCAUGUCUUUGACAGCAUGCGUAAACAAGAUUAACACAGAAGUCAAGUAGCGGAAAGAAACAUUUGUAGAUGUACAGCAUUGGUUAUUGCAUUUUUAUAGUGUUUAUACCUGGGUAUUGCUUCAAACCCUGCGAAAUCACCUUCUCCCAUUCCCCCUGCCCCAGGUUUCUUGUCAAGGUAAUGAGUACAUACAUUUUUUGGUGAUAAAACUCUUAAAAGUUAAUUUUAAUGUAUUAAUAGUAUUCCUAAUGUGUGCUGCAAAAAUGGCUACAAGCCUGCUUUUCUUAAAAUUACAUUUUUCUUAACUUAAAGAUAGUUUUAGAAAGAAGUACAAAUUGGCUUCCGUCUUGCAAACAAUCUUUUUUUUUUUUACUUCGUUAUCUUAAUUUGCUUUGUCACUCUUAAAAAUGGAAACCGUACUUGAGUUGUAAACUAGACAAUGAGGAAACACUUGAGGCUUCUGCUGUAUGUUUAUUUCUUGUUGUUAUUGUUGUUACCCAGUAACUUGAAUAUUGUUUAAUGUGUUGUAAGACAUUGUAGAGUUUAUCUCAAGCUGUUAAAAAUGGUAAUGUACAAAUGUGAAUAGACACUUAUCUAUAAUAUGGGUAAGUUUUGUUUCGCCUAUAAUAGAUGUUUAUAAAAACAAGUGAGGGGACAAUUGGUCUUUUUGUUACCUUUUUUUUUCCUUUCCUUUUUUUUUUUUGCUUGCACAGGUUGCACUAUUGAAAAACUGAGAUUGUAUAAACCUGGUCAAAAGCUGCAAGAUACCACAAUCUUGUAGAUGUCAAAUAAAAAGUUAUUAUACUAA